AUGUUCAAAUCAACUCUCGCUAUUUUCGCGCUCAUGGCUUCCUCGAUAGCAGCUCCCGCUCCCGAAUUCAUUGUAGAACGUCAUAUAGUGGAGGUAUACAAGCGCCAGGCUGAUAUCUCGCAAUUGCUAGAACUCGCGUCUCUAGCAGGCGUAACAGCCCUCCCCCACCGACCCCGCCGUCCUCCUCCAACUCGGACCCCUCGCCAACUCUCUCGCCUCUGCCCUCCCCACGUCCUCUGUCCUCAACGUCCUCCUCACCGCCGCUCCCUCCGGCUUCGUUUCCUCUAUCGUCAACGACCCCUCCUAUGCCAGCUCCUUCGAAAGCGCUUUCUCAGCCGGCAACAGUCCCGCAUGGUUCAACUCAUUACCCACAAGCGUCCGCAGCUAUCUGCAUACAUAUUCCGGGUUUGGAGGAUUGGCGGGUGCUGGGGCCGCGAUCAAGAGUGUGACAGCUGA